CAGGAAAGCGGGCCUGGAGUAUAACCAAGAGGGAAAUGCUGAAAGCCCUGGGGUUCCCCAAGAGCCCUGCAGCUCCCCCGAGAAGGUGCCAGGACAAGGGUGUCACAAUCAGCAUGGCAGUUUGGAACAUACCCCUGGAACGUAGCAGGAUGAUGACCGCUGCGGCCAUAGCUUCCACGGACAUGGGGCUUCUGCUGAGAGAUGAUGUUUUUGUUGACUUUUUCAACACCUUUCUGAAUCUUCCCGUUUUUGGCCAGACACCCAUUUACAUCAGUGGCACGGGCCAGUGGAACCUCUGGCCAGAGCUGUCGAGCCACCUGGAUCCCAGCCCUAGGGCUUUACUGGCUUGGUUGGAAAAGCACCGGCUGCCUCACUUCUGCAAAUCGAGCCUGUGCCUCCACCUCGUCCUCUGCCAGAAGCUCCUGGGUUUCAUUCGGUCGGGGGAAGCAGCAGAACUCCUGAACUGGCGAAGUGCUGACCAGUGGCUGCUGGAGAAGUGCAUCAGCGGGAGCCAGGGCAUGCGGCACUUCCGAGCCUUUGUCCAAGGCACAGCAGGGGAAGAGUUGACUGACUUCUGGCUUACCACUGAAAGGCUCCUGGGUCUGGAUGAGUCAGAUAUGAGUCAGAGGGACCUCUACCUGUCCUUGAUUGACAGGCUGAAAGCCUCUCAUCUGCGUGAAGGCUCCAGUGUCAUCACCCUCUGCACGACCAUCGCUGGAUCACUGCCGAAAGCCAAGCACAUCCAGUCCAUCAGCAAUAGGAGAGACAUCCUAAGGAAGAUGCAGGAACAGGCCCUUUUUAUGAUUCAGAGUUACUGGCUCCCUAAAUUCUUCACUCACUGCAAGAUGGGAAUAGAGGCAGAGGAAUCAUGCCAGCCUUUGCUGCAGGAAUAUCAGGCACGUUUAUUACAGCCUGACUGGCAGGAGCCCUCGGGCUUUUUGGAGACCCCCCACACGAUGCAUAUCAAAAGGAGCCAGGGCUUGUCAGGGCCCUACUGCAGCCAGAAGGCCAAAGCAAAGAUGUGGGCUCUGAUCAAGGAGGGGAGAGACACCCAAGAAAUGAAGAUGCCCAGGUUUCAGGUGAAACCAGAAAGGCAGCCAGGGUCAGCUGGGAGCACAAGGCAAUUGCAUCUGGAUAAGGAUGCUUUGGGAUCAAGUCCCCAGCUGUCAGAGCAUCCUGCAAAUACUGCCUUUGAUGGCAAAAGUGGAGUAAUUCCUCCCAGAAAACCUGGUGCAGAGCAGGUCAGUCGUCUGGAAGACCUCUGUAAGGAAAAAAUCCUCUCUAACCUGACUUCCUCUGCACCUCUUGUCCAGCUGCCAUCCCUGAAAGGGUCAGCCAAGACCUUGAGUUUCCUUCCCUGGGCCUUUAGUGCCGACAUCUGUGCAGGACGACCCUUCAGAGACUUCUUGCAGCACCAGGGCCGGCCCAUGGAGACUCAUCUCCUGGACCUGUGGCAUGACCUGGAGGAAUUUCUGCCUGUGGUGCUGAACUCCAACAGAGAAAACAGCUUCUUCCUCCGUCAUUUGACUGGGGAUAAGAUAUGCAAGACCUACCUGGAGGAGGACAACAUUGGGAAGCUUCCCUUGGACACCACGACUCUCACGGGUUUGUGGAACCAUCUGAUAUUUGGAGAAUUCUCCCCCUGGAUAUUCAGAGCCCAGAAGGAGAUUUGCAAGGUGCUCUGCCGCUUCUAUGAGGAAUUUCUGGCUGCUGAUGAUAGGACAUUCCUCCAGUUUAUGUCUCCAGGGGCUGAUGUCCCAGUGCCCGGGAUGCAAGGCCACACUGCUGACAGAGGUGAAUGUUUCCUCCUGUCCCAGAGGAUAAACCAGACCUUGAAGCUGAGCCAGGCCUUGCAUGGCACAAGGAACUUGGAAGGUGUCUCCUCCGAAUACUGGCAAUUACUUGUUUCCUGGGACCUCCAGAAAGGGGGCUCCACCCAGGCAGAGAUGAAAAUGCUCCUGUGCAGCCCUGACUUCCAGAAGAUGAUGUCAGAUGAGCUGGCUGUGGAUAGCCCAAGCAAGGAUGAUGAGCUUGUGCAUCUCCUAAAUGCAUUACUUGCUGCUGGACCCAAGGGGAGUGCUGGAGCGAUGAAAUUCCCCACUGCUGCAGUAAAGAAGCGAGCUAAAAGACACAGGGUUAAGCAGAAGCAGCAGGACCAGCAGGAGGAGGAGCAGCUGCAGGAGCUGCUGGCCUGGAACAAAAAGCCUAAGUCCAGGCGUCGUGUGCAGAGGACCACCGCUGUCCGGCGUGAGGCACAGAACCUCAAGACAGAGAACCUUAAAAAAGAGAAGCUCAAGGCACAGAACCUCGAGGCAGAGAACCUUGAGACAGAAGACCUUGAGACAGAGGACCUCGAGACAGAGGAUCUUGAGACAGAGGACCUUGAGACAGAGGGGAUGCAGUGGGCCUGGGAUGCCGUUCGUGAACUCGUCAGGAGCUUCUGCAAGUUCCGGAGGGAGAUGGAAAAUGAUGAACGCCGUGCGGAGUUUGAGAACUUUCUCUGUUGGGAACGAAGAAACCGGAGGGAAAACUUACCUGUGAGCUCAAAGCAGAGCAAGAGCCCCGCAAGGACCUCCCGCAAGGGCAAAGCCCCCCUGGAAAACGUGGUGCUGGUGAAACGCUGCAUACUUGACAAAGAGGUCAUUGUCGUCAACUUCCUCGUGAAUGACCUCCACUUUUACCUGGAGAUGGACAAGUUUUCUGGGAUGGCUGAUGCAGUGGAAGCUCUGGCAGCCUGCAACAUAGAGUCAGAGAGGAAAGUUGCUUUUCUUAAAAAGAAACUUGCCGUCAUCAACAAUCUCUUCCUAGACUCCAGCAUACCCCCAAAGCUGCGGGUGAACAUCUCUGAAAAAGAGAGAGAAUUAAUCUGGCGUUUAUCUUCCAAGGGGCCACUGACCCGUGCCAUCUAUCACAAGGCCAAGGCCACCAUCGUCCCCAUCCUGAUGUACUUCUGGAAAAGGUUCUGCACCUGGAAGGUGAUGAGGAGCUUUCGGGUCCAUGAGGAGGACAGGAGCUUUCAGGCCUCCAAGGAGGACGGGGGAGCAGUCUCUAAGAAGCACAGGGUGCAAAUCUCUAAGAAGGACAGGGGAUUGAUCUCUAAGAAGGACAUGGUGCCAGUCUCUAAGAAGGACCGGAGAUUGGUCUCUAAGAAGGACAAGAAGGACAGGGGGCCGAUCUCUUCGCUUCCUACAAAAACCUCCUCCAAAUCAUCCAAGACCCGCACUCCCCGUCAGCCAAGGCCCAUUCCGAUUGCUUCAGGUUUUUCUGCAGGGAAAAGCCCUGUCCUUGUCUUCUCGCUCUCUGAAGGCCUCCAGAUACUGAUGCCCCAGCCCCAGAAGAAAACUGAGCCUUUGGAGGAGCAAGAAGAUGCAGAUAAAAACCUUGAGAAGAGGCCCUCCCUCAGCAAGUGAGCAGACACCAAGGAAAGGACAGCCCUGUCUAGAACAGCACCCCUCCCGAAACACCACCCACAGGGAGUGGGACCAGGGUGUGAUCCAAGGAAUCUGAGCAGCCUGGUCACACUGAAUAGCUUGCACUUAAUCAGCAGUCAGACCUAAAAAUAAA